CCCCCGCUCCAUGGCUUGCCGGGGUCCUAGCGAUGGAAAGGUGGCCUCGGCGGCCGCCUGACCCCUACGCGGGCUUUGGAUCAGGGCUGCCGCCUCCUCCCGGAGGGCGACGGCUACAGGGCCGCUGAGAAGAUGCCCGCCGCUGGUGGGACCUCAUACCGGGAGGAGAGGUCGGGGCGGAGCGCGAGGGCGGAGCGCGGGCCGGGAGCUGGUCCGUCAGGCAGGAGUGGGCCAGGUGCGGUGGCGGAAGUGCCGGACGCGACUGGAGCCGAGCCGUCUAGGAAGCCGCGGCCGUGGGUCCCCUAUCCCGGAGCAGCUGCCGAGCCUCAGCCUGACCGCAGCAACUAGGGCUCGGGCGCCGGCGAGAUGCCUCUGUUCGCCGCCAACCACUUCGAGCAAGAUGUGGAAAAGGCCACAAAUGAGUACAACACUACAGAAGAUUGGAGUCUUAUCAUGGACAUAUGUGACAAAGUUGGAAGCACUCCUAAUGGAGCAAAAGAUUGCCUAAAAGCCAUAAUGAAAAGGGUAAAUCAUAAGGUUCCUCAUGUUGCUCUGCAGGCAUUAACUCUUCUUGGGGCUUGUGUGGCAAACUGUGGAAAGAUAUUUCAUUUAGAAGUAUGUUCCCGUGAUUUUGCAACAGAAGUACGUGCUGUGAUAAAAAAUAAGGCUCAUCCUAAAGUAUGUGAAAAACUGAAAUCUUUAAUGGUGGAGUGGUCAGAAGAAUUUCAGAAGGACCCUCAGUUUAGUCUGAUAUCUGCAACUAUUAAAUCUAUGAAAGAAGAAGGAAUUACUUUUCCUUCAGCAGGUUCUCAGACUGUCUCAGUUCCUGCCAAGAAUGGUACGUCAUCGAACAAAAACAAAGAAGAUGAAGAUAUAGCUAAAGCUAUUGAAUUAUCAUUGCAAGAGCAGAAGCAGCAGCACACAGAAACAAAAUCCUUAUAUCCAUCUGCAGAAAUUCAGUCAAAUAAUAAAGUUGCAAGGAAAGUGAGAGCUUUAUAUGAUUUUGAAGCUGUUGAGGACAAUGAACUCACCUUUAAACAUGGUGAAAUUAUUAUUGUUUUGGAUGACAGUGAUGCCAAUUGGUGGAAAGGAGAAAAUCACAGAGGAAUAGGACUCUUCCCAUCUAAUUUUGUAACAACUAAUUUAAACAUAGAACCUGAGGCAGCAGCUGUGGACAAGUUGAAUGUAAUUGAUGAUGAGGAGGAGGAAAUGAAGAAAUCAGAGCCUGAGCCUGUUUAUAUAGAUGAGAAUAAGAUGGAUAGAGCCCUGCAGGUAUUGCAGAGUAUAGAUCCAACAGAUUCAAAACCAGACUCCCAAGACCUCUUGGACUUAGAAGAUAUCUGCCAACGGAUGGGUCCAAUGAUAGAUGAAAAACUUGAAGAGAUUGAUAGGAAGCAUUCAGAAUUGUCUGAAUUGAAUGUAAAAGUCUUGGAAGCUCUGGAACUAUAUAACAAGUUGAUGAAUGAAGCACCAGUAUAUUCAGUCUAUUCAAAGAUCCAUCAUCCAGCACAUUACCCACCUUCAUCAGCUGGAGUUCCAAUGCAGACAUAUCCAGUUCAACCACAUGGUGCAAACUAUAUGGGUCAAAGUAUUCACCAAGUCACUGUUGCCCAAAGCUACAGCCUAGGACCAGAUCAAAUCGGUCCACUGAGAUCGCUGCCUCCAAAUGUGAAUUCCUCAGUGACAACACAGCCUGCCCCAACUCCGUAUUUAAGCGCUGGACAAGACACUGUUUCCAAUCCUACUUACAUGAAUCAGAACUCUCACCUUCAAUCAGCUACUGGUGCAGCUGCUUACACGCAGCAAAUGGGGAUGUCUGUGGAUCUGUCAUCUCACCAGAGCACUACUUCCAGUUUGCCGCGGUCGGCAGGCUUUGCGGUUGCAGCUCCAGCUCAUUCAGUUGCACAGCAGCAAACAGAUUACCCUCAGCAGCAGCCUCUCCUUUAAAAACAAACCAAGCAUUUUCUUGAAAGCCUUCCUAAGUGUACUACUUGACCCUUGUGAUUGUAAUCUGAAAAUAUUAAAAGAGGAAAAAAAUCUUUUCUCAGUUCAAAAGGCCCAUGAAUAAAUAAAGCACAGAAACGCAUUUUACUCUAAUAGGCCAUAAAAGGUUUUUUCAGUCCCAACUUGUCUGAGGUCAAAUUUUUGAUGAGAGGCAGCUUCAAGUUCCUUCCAGUUAGUUUUUUCUUACUUUCAAAUCUCUCUACACAAAUCUGGACAACCAGUAAGUAGCCUGAUGACACUAAACAACAUGAGAUAGGAGCAUAUAAAGAAACCACCAUUUGAGAGGCAGCUUCAAGUUCCUUCCAGUUAGUUUUUUCUUACUUUCAAAUCUCUCUACACAAAUCUGGACAACCAGUAAGUAGCCUUAUGACACUAAACAACAUGAGACAGGAGCGUAUAAAGAAACCACCAUUACCCCUAAAAUAUCGUAAUUGGGAAAGCACUGAAACCUUUAAGUAUUUUUUGUCUGCAUUUUUUUUUCAGAGUUUCCCACCCAUCAUUAUUUUAAAAGGUGAACAUGUUUUUGUGUACGCAUUUAGCUUCCCUACAUAUUUCCUUUGGCUGCUUAUAUUGUAGCUGUGUUUGCAGUACUGUCAGUUUUGCUCUCAGUGGUGUGUUGAGUAAUAAUUAGCAUAUAAUUGUCUACAGAAGCAAGAGCAUUUGGGGAGGAACAAAAAUGUUUUCUGUUAUUAUCAGUGAAGACCACGUAAAUGCAGUUGUGUGAUAAAGCAUUUAGCCAGUCCCCCAGUCAUGCCAACAAGUGGGCUGAGGAAUGCCCCACAAAACAUUUCCAUUCCCUGGAAAAAAGCCAUUUCUUUUCCUACAAGGGUCCUUGGCAUUUAGAAUUGCCACUGAUGACCUUUUCAAGUGAUUUUGGCCAUUCUCUAAUGAAGGUAUGGUCAGUUUUUUUGUUUGUUUUGUUUUGUUUUCCUGUAGUGUGGUGUGCAGAGUUGCUGCAUUUCCUUUUUACAAGAGUAUAUGUGAAUCUGAGCUAUGAGACAUUCCUAAUAAUUUGAUGUGAUAUAUAUACCAAGUGUGGAUGAUGUGUGUUUUUAUUGAUGUGUGUUGUUCUUUUAGAGAGAUGAUUUGAGUACCACUGGUAUGCCAGACUGUUGAAAAUUUUGGCCAUUCCUUUCAGAAGUAAUCCUGAACCUGUGGAAUAAUAACAGGCAAUGGCUUUAUAGGGAAGCCAUCAAGACAGUUUUCCUGAAGCCUAUGUUUUAAGUGAGUUUAUAGUGCUAAUAGAUUCCACAUACUUUAGGAGUUAGGUAGUAAGCCAAUAAGGAUUGUUUUCUUUCCUAAAAAUUUGCACACUACUGCAUCAUCUGCCAACUUUUUAGAUAACACAACAUGCAAAUAUAUAUGCUUACAGAUACAUGGUAUUUAGACUGGGGAAAAACAAUGGACAUAAGUUUUGUUUUUAAAAAGUUAACUUGUGGGAAAUCUCUGGUGGUCCAGUGGUUAGGACUCGGCGCUUUCACUGCUGGGGCCCGGGUUCGAUCCCUGGUUCGGGGAACUAAGAUCCCGCAAGCCGCCAAAAAAAAAAAAGUUAACUUGCAUGGAAGCAAGAUUUCUAUAUUGUUUUUUAAAGAAAGCCCUUAAUCUUUCUACCAAGAAUCCAUUUGAAGACAGUACUCUGGAAAUUUUUGUCAUUUAUGUAGUUACAGAAAUUUGAUUAUAAGUAUGUUCCUUUUUCAAAGAAACUGUAUAUUAGAACAAAAUAGUCUUAUGUAUACUACUUGGUCUGCAUGUAAAGGGAAAAACAAGCAGUAUUUGAAAGCCCAGUUUCUGUCAUUGUCUUAUUUCAGGUACAAGUAACUGGAAAGAAACUUAACCUUUCAUGUCUCUGUUCUGUUUUUUAUCCAGUAUUUUCCUUCUAUGUGAAUUCAAUUAUAUACUUAUAAAAAAUUCUAAAAUGGCACCUUACUUUUUUGGAAAUGAAUCUUCUAUUCUUUAAAGAAAACAAAACAUAAAAAACAUUUACAAAGCUGCUCUUGAUAAUAAUUAAUGUUUGCAUAUAUAUGGAAAAUCUUAUUUUUCCCCCCAAACAAUAUUUAAUAGUUAUUUUAAUGUUUGUGUAAAUAAUUCAUGUAUAAUUGUGAUCUGAGUUGUAAAAGCUUAAUUCUGUGUAAGUCUUUGAAGUAGAAUAAAUACUGCACACCCACUAAAUUGGGAUCUGCCACUUAAGUUCACCUAAUGUAGUUUUGUAAUGAUAUAACAUGCAACAUGUAUAUAGUGUAUAUUGGCAUUUAUCAGUGAAAUUUUAUACAUCCAGAUGUUUCUUCUCCCUUUUAAAUUAAAAAUUAUUUUUGCCAUACUGUAAUGAGUUUUGUGUUGCAGGUUGUUGAUAGUAUAAAAACGUUACUAAAUCUGUGUACUGAGAUGAUAUUUUUGGUGUUAAUAAGAAAUACAGGGUUGUUAUUUUUCUUUCUU